GGUGUUUCGGAAGCAGAGCGAGCACAAUGCCGGGAAACCCUGCGGCACAUCCUGGACCGCGUCUACCAGCCGCUGGCGGUGCGGGAGCUGCUCAUCCUGCAGGGACGUCCUCCCUCUCCUGGGGAAGAAACAAAGCCGGCCCUUGUGCGGGCCCCAGCAUGGCUGCGGCGCCUCUGUGGUCAGCUGCUCUCCCAGAGGCUGAUGAGACCCAGUGGGGUUCAGGCAGUAGUUCGGGGCAUCAUGGAGGGAACAGGCGGUGAGUAGGCAGGUGGCGCUGGUGCUGAGGCAGCAGCUGUGGACUGGAGAAAAUGUGAUGCGGUUGCAAAGAUCCUGGCUUCCUGCCCACAGCAGUGCCAUUCCCUCCAGGAGUACUACAGUCUGGUGUGCCCCCAGGUUCUGGACUUGCUGCACAUCCAGGACAAGCUGACAGCGCGCCAGUUCCAGCGUGUGGCCACCACGACGCUGCUCACCAUGGUGAGAGAGCACCCUCAGCUGGCAGAGAAGUACCUGCUCCAGCCCCUGCUGGCACCGCUGCUGCGAUGUUCAGGGACAGCAGAGCUAGCAGUGGAAGAUUUAUCAGAAGGGACCGUGCUGGUGACAGAGGCAGAGCUUGGCAGCUGCGUGGAAGAUGUGCUCAAGGUGUAUGUGGUUGGAAAUGACAGCUUGAGCCUGCUGCUGGGAUCCUUACAGUCAGUCCUGGGAGUGGUUUUUUCCCUCUAUUCCUUCGCCAAGCAGAAUGUGUCAUACUUACGCUCCCCGUGCCAGGACAUCCUGCUGUGGUUCCUGGAGAAGUCAGAGCGGGAGGUGUCGCUGGCAGUGCUGGAGGGCUUUGCAGGGCUCAAUAGCAUCGUGCCCACCCUCCACCCAAGGUGCCAGUUCCGUGCGGGCAGUGAAGGUGGUGCCACCAUCGCAGUGGAGGACACCAUCAGUGAUGAAGAUGAGGCCCUCUACCAGAAGAUUUCCUUGGAGCAGUGCCGUGUGGAGAACUUGGUGGAGCUUUUGUCUUACUGCCAGAAGAGUGGUCUAGCUGGAGACUUCUUCAUCCGCUGCCUGAAGGCACUGACUCAUGUGGCUGCAGAGGACGAGGUGGCUUCGAACUUGGGUGCAGUGCCUGGAGAGAGCCUUCUGGAGCUGGAGCAGUACCACACCAGGCAGAAGAGGAAGCUGCUGGUCCUGCAGCUUGUGGCCACGCUGUGUGAGAGCAUCUCAGACACUGUGUUCACAGAUGUUGCCCAGGUUGCCACGUUGCAGCGGGCCUCUGCCAGCCCGGCUCAGGGCCCGGGCGCGGCUGCAGAGGCACAGACCCUCGCCAUGGCCAUGGGGCUGGUGGCUGCGAUGCUUGGUGGAGCCGUGCAGCUACAAUCCAGUGACUUCACUGUGCUGAAGCGGCUGGUGCCACUGCUGGAGGAGCUCUCCCGCACCUAUCCUGAGCCUGUCACCCAGGAGCUGGCCUCAGACCUGCGCAUUGCCAUCUGCACCCACGGGGCCUUUUCCCCCGGGACACUGGGUACUGACAGCCCAGCUGGGCUCCAGGAGCUCCUGGUGUCAGCGUACGACCCACAGCCCCCGGGCCGGGCAGCUGCCCUGCGCUGCCUCGCCAGCCUCAUCACACAGCAUGAUCCAGAGGCUCUGCGGCUUCAGGAGAAACUCCUGCAGGUGUUCCUGGAGAAUGUGCAACAUGAGGAUGCCUUUGUCUACCUGUCGGCCAUCCAAGGUAUUGCUCUGCUCUCCAGCGAGUACCCGGAGCGGAUCCUGCCCAUCCUGCUGGCACAGUACCGGUGCCCAGCACGUGGCACAGAGGACGCCAUGGCUCCCAUCACCAGGAUGAAGCUGGGCGAGGUGCUCAUGCGUGUCACCCAGGCGCUGGGGGACAUGGUGUUCAAGCACCGGGAGCCACUGGUCCAGGCCUUCCUGCAGGGCGCACGGGACCCUGACAGUGCUCUGCGGGCCAGCAGCCUCUCCAACCUGGGCGAGCUCUGCCAGCGCCUUGGCUUUCAGCUGGGCUCCAUCGUCCAGGAGGUCACCUCCUGUGUGACAGCCAUAGCCAAGACAGACCCUGAGGUGGAGGUGCGAAGAGCUGCCGUGCACGUGGUGGUGGUGCUGCUGCGGGGGCUCAGCGAGAAGGCCACAGAGGUGCUGCAGGACGUCCUGCGGGACCUUUAUCGGCUGCUCAAGCACGUGGUGGCGGCCGAGUCUGAUGGUGCAACGGUGCUGCACGCGCAGCUGGCGCUGGAGGAGCUGGAUGCAGUGAUGAGGAGGGUUCUCUUCCCCCCGCAAGUGCUGGAGAAGAAGAUCGUGGUGCUGCCAUAG